CGGUCUUUAAGCUCGGAAGCAAAUAAUAAUUACCUUGAUUCGACACAAUAUAUCAAAGCAACGUAUUAUCGCGCGAGAUCGUCGCUAAGAAGUCAACGGUGACCUUUCACUCAGGGUAAACGCCCGGAUUUGUCCGCGCGCCUACGCGCAACUCGGUGGGAUGGAACGUCAGCCGUGGCACGAGGGCGCGAGGGAAGCAGCGUGGACCAGCGCGCAUCAGGACGAUCGGGCCGGAGGGGGUUUUCAUCCCUCAGAGACGUAGCCGAGUACGACCGAGGUCGCGCGGAGAGGAUCGAAGCGGCCGCGCGCCCGCGCGAUCCGCCGGAUUGAUGAUGGUGUGGGGCGGCCGAUUGUCAGUCGCACGCCGGUCGUUGAAUGGAGCGGGUGUGGAGACGCGUACAGGGUGCCGGGCGUCGCGGUGCCGCGGCCCGUUGCGGCUGUCCCGUGCAGCCGUGCCAGUUGCACGUGGACCAACGCGCGAAACGCGGCGGCGGCGGCCGUAAGUCCCGUGGCAGUUCCGGCGGCGGGCCCCAAACCAUCGUCUGCGGCUGUCAGGUGCAGCCAUGCCCGGUGCACCCGGUGUUGAUCAGGGUCCGUCGCACACGACCGGCCACCGCUGCUUCUGCCGCCGCCGUCGCUGCCGCGGCCACCAUCAGCUGCGACUGUCCACCGGAGUCGCAGCCGUGUCCCCAUGCACAGCGAGGGUCGGCGCUACGAAGGAUCAGAAGAUGCGAGUGCGCGGAUCGUUCCUGUCGGCACACAGUCUGCGGCGCCGGCACCCGUCGCCGAACGACCGCGCAGCCCUCUUCCUCCCCUAUCUCCUCCACGCAGUUGCAGCUGCAACAAUCACAGCAGCAGCAGCCGUGCGAGUGCGCCGACGAGAGAUCAAACUGCGCCCACACAGGCGGCGGCGAGGCGCCGUGCGAGUGCGAGUGUGGCGAGGAGGCGAAGCCGUGUCCGCACACAGUCAAAACGCGCCGUACGCGCCGCACAUGCACGGACUGCAGCUGCAGCGGCACGCAGCCCUGCGGCCAUAAGCCGCAGCCCGAGGGCCGCAUCAAGCGGGUCAAGUGCCGCGUGAGGCGCGCCGGCUGCGCGAUGGCUCGUUGCACCGCCGAGCUCGCGAUGCUGCAUUUGCACUGGGAGCUCGCCACCGAAUGUGCGCCCUGCAGGCCGCGCGCGCUCACGCGACGGCUCUGCAGGAGGCAACAGAGCGACAAUGAGCUCUAUCGCAGCAACAGCUUCAAGUUCGAGCGCUUCGAGCGUAUCAAGGACGAGUGCGUCACGCCGCUCCGCAAACAGGUAUCACUGUGCGACGAUUACAGUCUACCGGUCGAUUUCGUGAACAAGAGACGUCCUGCGAGCGCCGCAGCUGCAACCUCCACGGUACAAUGGACGCUGCCGAGUCCCACCGUAGAGAAUGCGGAAGUCGAGGUUGUGGAACAAUACAGCGACCCUAGAGACAGCAAAAGCAAAGCGUACGUGGAGCCGGGAGCGGAGUCAUCCUUACCAACGAUUUACAGCAGAGCAAAUCGCAACUAUUGUCGACCUUACACAGAUCCUUCAGCGUCCGGCUCGUCGUGCGAGGACGACGAGGACGGGCGAGCGGUGGUCGUCAGGAAACGCAAGAACAGCGUCUACGCUUCCUCGACCCGCGCUCCAUCAGUGGAUAGAGAAACUUUAACUUCGACCGACGGCUUGCUCGUAGAUUGCGUCGCUUUAGUACAUCUCACCGAUCAAUCCCCGACUGAGUCCGCUCAGCCCGUGCGUCAUCCAUCACCGUAUUACUACGGCGAUCUUUUCAAAGUACCGGAGCAGUUGUCCAAGUCGCAGCCAGGCAAGUAUCGGAAGAGCGUCAGUCUCGAUGUACCGGGCGAGCGUUCGCGCACACCCGGUAUACCGAAGAGAAAUUCGGUAGCGGGUGAUGGAGGCUCGUACUCGUCCCAGCCACGGUAUUAUCAGCAACCGCAGCAGCCGUAUCCACCGCCGCCGCCACCGCCGCACUAUCGCAGCCAGGAUCUAGUCAGCCCCACGUCGGGGAGCGAGCAUGCUGUCCCAGCCAGAAACGAGAUCCUCUCGUCGUGCAUCAUCACCGAGUGGGAUCACACCCUCAUGCCUCCUCAUAGGCUACUAAGCCAUGAUCUGCCUACCGCCGUUUGUACCUGCGUCGCAUCGCCCGAGGAGGAGGAGGAUGAGCUAGACCGACGGCAGCCGCAAGUGGGGCGGCACCAAGUGCGCAAGCUACGACGUACGCGGAGGAUAGACCCGCAACCGAUACUCGUCGAGGACGAGGACGACGUGGAGGGUGAGGACGAGGGGGAGGAGGAGGACGAGGAGGACGCGGAGCCCGAGGAGGAGGACGAAGAAGGGAUGGCCAGGCAACGUCACCUCUACGAGACGGCCUUCGACUGCAAGGUCAAUCGCUCCGACGAUGAUCUCGACGAUCUCGAUCGCGUCACCAAUCAUGCGGUACUCCAUUCCCAGAUACGGAGUAGCGGUACUGCACCAAUGAGUAGAACGAGUUCGUCAACAGACACGUUGAAGCAGCAACAUCAGCAAUCGCUUCCUUAUGCCGGCCAGUCGCAAUCGAGCAAAGAUCAUCGACGUAAGGUCGUACUUCUCCGCCCAAAACCGAUUCCGAGCCGCCUGCAGCAGCAACAGCAGCAGCAGCAGCAACAGCAGCACCAGCAGCAGCAACAAUCGCAACAGCCAGACAAUAUAUCUACUCUGUCCCAGGAUAUUGAAUCCCUCCAGAUUAAUUCGAGCGAUGAGAAAACCGGAUCACCGAGAUUACCGGCGCGUGAUUACACGCCGUCACCGCCGUCGACCGCACCUUUACCCGCGAAAUUUCAUGGAAAUCGAGAUCAUUUGUUGUUGAACAUUCGCAGCGCGCCGAAUUUACCAUCGCAGCAGGAUCAUCCCCGCUUGAAAGACAUGAGAUUACCGGUGAAAUCAUUGCGCGCAAAAGACUCGCCGCAGAGUAGCGAGGGCAGCAUUCUCGAGAUCAAGAGUCGGCCGAAGACCUUCGUCCAGGAGAAUAUCGAUUCCUCGCAGGGCCGUCGUUUCGACAAGGAGCUCAUAUUGGAGUUCAAGGACAGGCCUCGGGAAGAGCGGCAACGACCACGCAGUCUGAUCCGCGAGAGUAGGCCGAUAAUGGAGUUCAAGGGCAGGCCUCACGAAGCGGAGAGCGAUCUCGCGCGACCACGAAGAGACGCCGGUCUCUUGGAGUUCAAGCUGCGUACUUCGAGACGUCGCGCCGGUUACUCCAGCACGGAAAGCAUGGCGACCAGCAGUAGCGGCGGCAGCAUGGAAUCCAUCAGGAGUAGCACCAGCGAGGGCAACAGAUCGACAAGCAGCUCCGACAGUCGGCACAGCACCAGAUCGCUGAGCUCCCACAGUUCCGACAGCGGCGGCACCAACUGCUAUCAUCAUCAUCAACAGUCAUCGCUGCCCGGCUUCCUAAAUCACCACGCCACCAAGCUGCACAUUCUCUCACCGAUCUCCGACAAGUCGUCGCAAGAGCCGGCCUCGGAGACCUCCGACAACAAUCGCAAUAACAAUUCACAGAAAGCCUCGCCCGAGGAGAACGUCACUGUAGAGAACAAUACCAUCGGCAACAACACCAAUACGAACACGGUCACUUCGCCUAUGGAUACGUCUUUCAAGAAGCGGCGGACGCCGCAGAAUAAGAAUCUAAUAAAUCUUGCCCUGCAGUCGUCGUCGUCGGGCGACGCGGAGAUUCAGGGAUCGGACAGCGGCAUAUCCAUCGAGUCUCGCGCGGGCAUCAAGUGCAAACCUUUCGGGUUUCACUUGUUGAAGCCGCAGCUAGAUAACAUUAAUCUUGUCGACAACGAGCCGGAACUCUCGGAUCUGCCUUUUGACAUGCCGAAGCUGCGAAGAAGACGGCUGCUGAUGCAACAGGAUGCCACUACAUCCGGAAGCGCAACCAGCGUGGACUUGAGAGAUCUGCCCUUCGACAUGCCGAAACUCAGGAAACGUCUAAGAUGUACGCAAAGUACCGAAUCCAGCGCUUCUCAGGCGUCGUCCAGUCUCUCGGUGCGCGACGUGGAGCCGCCUCCUUUGUUUGGCGGCGGUCUGGCGCGUCCGAAGAUGACUCUGAAUCUGGAUGCCGGUGGUAACGCGGCGGGAACGAGUGGUGGUAACCCGGGCGGUCAAUUGGCGCCGAAGAAACCCGGUGGCUUGAGCCUCGGCUUACCAUUGGAAAUUACUACCGCUCGAAUAUCGGCCGAUCUUGUUGACGUGGAGCUUCCGUUGGAGAGACAAGGGUGGUAUCAUGGUUCUAUCACGCGCAUCGAGGCGGAAGGUCUUCUGCGAGUUCAUCAAGAAGGAAGUUAUCUGGUGAGGAACAGCGAGUCGACGAAACAAGAUUAUUCUCUAUCUCUAAAGAGCGCCCGUGGCUUCAUGCAUAUGCGCAUUCAGAAGAACGAAGAGCUAAACGCUUAUAUCCUGGGACAGUUUAGCAAACCGUUCGACAAUAUACCGGAAAUGGUCCGUCAUUUCAGUGUGAAUCGUCUUCCGAUACGCGGUGCCGAGCACAUGUGUCUCCUACAUCCGGUCAUAGUUCAGCUUUUGUAGCGCAUCUAUCGUAGCGCUAUUUAAGGCGCUGAAUAUCUUCCCUUUUGAUAAUCCAUUCUCUUUUUCUCCGAUGAGUGCCGAAGCGCGCGAUUGCGAUGAGCGAUAAGCUUGAUACAGCAAACGAAACGUUAAACUGUAAGAAAUAUUAUAUUCUCGAAUGAGGGAGUCUUCCGGUCGUCCGCGAGACGGGGUUGACUUUCGCGAGAUAUCCUCCGUAUCAAUUCGCAUUCUGGUUGGACGAACCGUUCCGCACGAAGAGCGCCAGAGAUAAUGGACAAUAAUGGCAUUGACGGGGAAUACCGCUUCGCCGCGAAAUGUUAGGGAGAGUACGGUACGAAUACAGUACAAAAGUAUAAAUGGUGACUGAGCGAAGCUACUCUGCGAUACAUGUACGAUCGAUCAGACGAGAACGUCCGGGUCCGUGCAAUUUAUUGUGAGAGACCGAUGUUAAACUAUGUAUGAAGAAUCUCAGGUCGCUCCGAGUGAAGAUACCUGCUCAUAAACGUCGUCUUUUCGACAACGCUUUACUUUCGCAUAUUCUAUAGCCGAGUCCAAGUUUCUAUUGCACAAUAAAAAAUUAGAAAUUGAUAGGGCCGAUGGAGUGCUUACCCCAUCCCUCUUCCCUUUCAUUGGAUUCGAAAGGUGAUGUCCACACGCUUCGUCUUCCUCAAAACAUCGCGCAAACCUACCUCAUGGGCAAACGCAUGCAUCGCGGCACACGAUAUAGAAAUGAAUGUAGCGGUAUCAAAAAUUGCGGAAGUCUGAGGAACGAAAUUACCUGAAACAGAUACGAAUUAUCUUUUAAUGCAGUAGUGACCAUUUGCGAUAACUCUUACGAAGGAGAACGAUUUCGGGAUUGACGAUUCCAGCAGAAAUAUAAUGUUUUUUUUCUCGAGAACAUUUUUCCCGAUUGUUCCUCGAGUUUGCGAUUGCGCGGAUUCUACGAAAGAAAUCUUUCAGGUGAGAUCAGAAACGCUGCUAUACGAAAGAGUAAUAAUUUCUAAAAAAGCAAGGAAGAAAAAGGUGUAAUACGCAUAUUUAGAUUCACACAGAGUGCCGCGUAGAGGCAGUUCGACGUAGUGCGAGUUGGAGCCAAAGUAAACAAAUCCUAAUAUCCAGUCGAGAGAUGUAGACUGGAGAGAGAGAGAGAGAGAGAGAGAGAGAGAGAGAGAGAGAGAGAGAGAGAGAGAGAGAAAGAGAGAGAGAUAUAAGAUGGAUACGCGCAGCGAGCGCGAAUAAAAUGCCAAACUUUAUUUCUAAUCGUAAUCGUUUAGUCAGGGUUUAGUUGUCCGUCUCGUCGUUGAUAAGUAGAUUUAGAUAAGCGAGCAUAUGAUAGUCAGUUCGGUAUCGAUCACGAAUACUGAAGCGAAGAUCUCGUGUAAUUUGAAGAGGAAUUUGCGAAAAAGUUAAUAACGAGUGUUUUUUGCAAAAACACGAGACGAUGAUUAGAAAUGCACGAGAAAGAAAAAGGAAUAGAUCAGACAGUUUGAAUUAUCGGUGGCUCAUCUGAGUCAUCCGGGGAGUCCACAGAGACACCCGCGAAGAUUUUUGCGAUAGAAUGCAACCGAUACAUAUUUUUUCAUGUGAUAUUAAUUUGUUACAGAGAUAGCCUAGUUUCACCUGUGAUCUGUUACUUAAUUCCCUUUGUCGGCGCUCGUACGAGUGCACGCGAUAACGAUAAUAAAUAAUUAAACUUGCUAUUAUUAUUACGUAGAAUCAGCAACGAUGCGUCAUUUAGACGCGAUGAUGAGACGUCCGUGGUGUUACAAUAAUUUUUCGAGUUAUAAGAGAAAUUCGAUUCGCAGAGGUUGUGAGCGAAUUUUCGUUGGCCAUUGUGCGAGCAACGCGUGGAAGCAAGAGAAGUUUUGCUUAAGAUUAAGUAGUGAAGAGUAUAGAAAACCUACAGCAAGAAGUAGCGAGUGCCGGCAUUGUGAAAAUUAUCAUAGUAUUCGUCAUAAAUUGUCAUAGUAUCAUUUGAUGAUUAAUCAUUUCAUCAGUGCGCACUGAUGAAAAAGUGAGACAUUAGUUUUCUAAUUAAAGCAAUGUCCUAAAUUUGCGAUUAUAAGAAUAUUUGAAUUGUGAGCAAGGCACUCUCCACUUUCGCGGCUAAUUAGGUUGAGUGUAAUUCAUACUUUAAGCUGCCAGUAUUAUUAACUGUAAUCGAUAAUGCAUAUCCAUAUAUGUUAAUGUUUAAGACAUUUAUAUUGUCCGUAUAGCUCGAUCAUUGAAACACUAUAAUCUAUAUAUACAUUUAUUUCUCCUAUUAUAUUUAUUGCAUUGUGUCGUUGAGUACGAUGAUAAUGAUGAAGUUUCCAUUGAUUUAAUUGCGAAAUCAUAGAGCUGUAACCUAUCGUAAUUUAGAUUCCGUACACAUAGAUUAAUACUACGUAUCGAAAGGCAGUACGUAAAUUAUAUGGUAGACACUAACUUGUAGAUACUUCCUGUACCUUGAAAUUUGUAUGAAGUAGCAUUUAGAUUAUAUAAUAUAUACAUAAAUAUAUAUUAUUAUAAAUGAAUAUACCAGCGCGUAUAGUUCUUGUUUGUAGGGUACGUAAAAUAAGAUCGAGCAAAAGCGGGAUGAAUCCAAUAAAUAUCUUGAGCGCUGUGCACGCCCUUUAUUACGUAAAAAGGGAUCUCGAUGGCAAUGUGCAAUAUUCUGACACGGUCUCGUAUGACAAUGACGUGAAGUGCGAUCUGAUAUUUUUUUUUUUUAGCAAGCAGACCACCGAUGUUCCAAAUCGACUUCACUAGAUAGUCUUGUGUACUCUGGAAAUCUCUCUUAAUAAUAAAAUAAUUAAUAACUCCAGCUUGA